CUCUUGCUCUUCCGGUGCGGGCCCCGCUCUUCCGGUCGCGAGAACCCGGGUUGUAGAGGGCGGUCGCGGCGGUCGCCUGGGCAGCAGUGGCAGAAUGUUGGCUACCAGGGCACUUAGCCUAAUUGGCAAGAGAGCCAUUUCUACUUCAGUGUGCCUUCGAGCACAUGGGAGCGUUGUGAAGAGUGAAGACUAUGCUUUCCCUGCCUACGUUGACCGGCGUGACUACCCCUUGCCUGAUGUGGCCCAUGUCAAGAUGCUGUCUGCCAGCCAGAAGGCCCUGAAGGAGAAGGAGAAGGCCGACUGGAGCAGCCUUUCCAGGGACGAGAAAGUCCAGUUGUACCGCAUCCAGUUUAACGAGAGCUUCGCGGAGAUGAACAGAGGCACCAAUGAGUGGAAGACAGUUGUGGGCUUGGCCAUGUUCUUCAUCGGCUUCACUGCGCUGGUUCUGAUUUGGGAGAAGAGCUUUGUGUAUGGCCCCAUCCCUCAUACCUUUGAUCGUGACUGGGUGUCCAUGCAGACCAAGCGCCUGCUGGACAUGAAGGCCAACCCCGUCCAGGGCUUCUCCGCCAAGUGGGACUACGACAAGAAUGAGUGGAAGAAGUGAGAGCCUGCUGCCUGCCGGCUCCCUCCCUCCCUCGCUCCCUCCCUCAGCAUGCUGGAAGCUGCUGUGUCCAAUGGUCCAUGUUAAUAAAUGACCAGUUUACGUGA